GCGUCUGUCAAAGCCAGAAAGAGGAACUGCAAGUCUGUUGUGGCGAAAAAACGAUCUGUAAUUUUAUUCCUUCAAGUUCAAAGCUGCUUUAUGGUGUCCGCUGAGGAAUGAGGAGCAAGAUUAAAAAGAUAAACCCCGUCGCAUCUCGCCUCAAUUCAACCGCGCUACCACAAUCUGGUUUAGAUUUGAAGCUUUUACAGUAAAUCAGCUGAAUGGAGCAGCAGCGGGGCCUCUGUAGCUUCACCCCGGGAGAGUCUGCUGGCUGCAGGGCUGGGGUCUCCGCCGGUCAGCCCGCCAUGCGUUUGUCCAUCACGUCGACCACCGGCAGUCCGGUGGAGCUCAGUGUCCCCCGGGGAGAGACCGUGGAGGGACUGAGGACACACAUCUCCCACAAACUCAGACUGCAGACAGACAGAAUCGUGCUGUUGUACAGAGACAAGCAGCUGACUGCAGGCAAACUGUUGGACCUGGGUGUAACAGAUGGAAGCAAACUGACCCUGGUCCCUGCUAUUGAAGCUGGUUUAGUGUGCUCCACUGCCAGAACUGAGAGAACUAUGAUGGACGUCUUGGAAAGUUUAUCAGAAGCCCAGAUCAGUGACUUCUUGUCCGGGCACACGCCUCUGACCAUUAACCUUGGAAUCGGUGCCCACAUGAUGUAUGUGCAGCUCCAGCUGUCUGCACAGAACGUGGCGGAGCUGCAGCAGCACCGGGACAUGAGAGCCGGGAGCAGCGGCGAGCUUCAAACCGGCCUGUCCACUGCCGCCAGGAUGAGCCACCCUGACUCCUCCACAGGAUCCACCUCCUCCUCCGCUUCCCAAACCUCGACUCUAUCCCCAGAUUCGAUCGAACUCAGUGCUCAAAGACCCAGGACUUCCUUUAACUCAGCAGCUCCCACUUCCCACUCACCCACUGCUGCCCCUCCACAUCAGUCCUGUCCUCCCCACUCUACACGCACAUCUCCUGCUCCUUCUACCCCGUCUUUGCCUUCUGGUUGUCCACAUGCCAGCUGUCCACUACCAGCAGCCACACCCGUCUGUUCACCUGCUCCUGCUGGCGCCAUUCCUGCACCCCGGAGCCCAGCGCCAGCCUCCACUUUCAAAGAGAGUAGCGUGCACACCUCAUCUACUGCAGAGCUGUGUAAGCAGCCAGGAGCAGUCAUAGAAAGUUUUGUCAGCCAUUCUCCGGGCGUAUUCUCCGGGACUUUUUCUGGCACUCUGGCUCCUUGCAGUCAGACUAGCAUCAGCCAUCCUCGACGAGGCAUCAGCAUCAUUCUCCAGAUCCUGAACGACCUGCUCAGAGCGGCCUGCCACCACCAGGGGGCUCAGCCUGCCCCUCCUCCUCUCCGCUGUCCUGACUCGAACCCUCCAGCUGGCCCGCUGCUCACUGCAGAGGAGCCAAGCAAAGCAAAGAGCAAAACACUGCCGACCCAGAGACCAGACCUCAGUACAACUCCAGGUGAGUCCCUCUGCUCGUCCACACAGGAGAAUCAAACAUUGCACUGUAAGCUAGAGCGCCUUCAGUUUUUGAUGCAUCAGAGGCGUCUUCGCAGACGGACUCGCAGGAACUCACAAAGGUCUCACCCAUACCAGCAUCAUCACAAUCGUCCCUAGUCUCCUGGACAGAAAAGAUCCAGUCACUGUGAUCGUAGUGGCAGCUCUCUGCUGACCAAAAGAAGAACCAUCUUGGAACUCAAAGCUGACCUCUGAACUUGUGGACCAGGUGACAUAACAGCAGAGUGAACUCAGAUGCUUUGUUGAUAUUUAUACAAAGAAUGUAGAAUGUAAGCCCUAAAGGUCCUGUGACUGUCUCUGUGCUGAGCAUGUUAUUCCAUCUGAGUCUGUCCUUCAAUGUCAACGGCUAUCAUUGCUAUGUAGCAUACCCCACAAGAUGUACAUUUUCACGUUCCACGUUGGUGUUUGUACAAAGACCUCUUACCGUGUGUUUCUUUAUGUUUUCCAAUGCCUUAAAUGUCUUGAAUGUAGACUGUAUGUUCUGUUCUGUGCAGAGGAUGUUCCUCCAAAAUGUUUCCUUUUUGCAAUAUGAAAGUGUAAACACAAAGAAGGAAGGAAAAGAAUAAAGCAAAACAUAAAAGAAAGUGGA